GGUAAGAAGGCUGGCUGGCAGCACAUUCUCGGAGGAGUCAGGUGAUCAGGUGAUCGCUGUGUGAAGGCAGCUGCUUGAGGUUCAAGGCCGUCAGUGUUCCCUCUUCUGCCUCGGGACAGCUGGUUACUCUCAAACUCCUGACAAGCCUUUCUCCUUUGCUCGCUGGGGGAGGAGGGAGAUUAUGCCGCCAGCUUUUGAUUGAUCCAAUGGGAAUUACAUUGAUCUGGUGUCUGGCCUUGGUUCUUAUCAAGUGGAUUGCCUCUAAGAGGCGUGGAGCUAUUUCCUAUGACAGCUCUGAUCAGACUGCAUUGUACAUUCGUAUGCUAGGAGAUGUACGCGUAAGGAGCCGAGCAGGGUUUGAAUCAGAAAGAAGAGGUUCUCAUCCAUAUAUUGAUUUUCGUAUUUUUCACGCUCAAUCUGAAAUUGAAGUUUCUGUGUCUGCAAGGAAUAUCAGAAGGUUACUGAGUUUCCAGCGGUAUCUUAGAUCAUCACGCUUUUUUCGUGGUACUACUGUUUCAAAUUCUCUAAACAUUUUAGAUGAUGAUUAUAAUGGACAAGCCAAGUGUAUGCUGGGAAAAGUUGGAAAUUGGAAUUUUGAUAUCUUUCUAUUUGAUAGACUAACAAAUGGAAAUAGUCUAGUAAGUUUAACCUGUCAUUUAUUUAGUCUUCAUGGACUAAUUGAGUACUUCCAUUUAGAUAUGGUGAAACUUCGUAGAUUUUUAGUGAUGAUUCAAGAAGAUUACCACAGUCAGAACCCUUAUCACAAUGCAGUCCACGCUGCAGACGUUACUCAGGCCAUGCACUGUUACCUACGAGAGCCUAAGCUUGCCAGCUCGGUAACUCCUUGGGAUGUCUUGCUGGGCUUAAUUGCAGCUGCCACUCAUGAUCUGGAUCAUCCAGGUGUUAAUCAGCCUUUCCUUAUUAAAACUAACCAUUAUUUGGCAACUUUAUACAAGAAUACCUCAGUGCUGGAAAACCACCACUGGAGAUCUGCAGUGGGACUGUUGAGAGAAUCCGGUCUAUUCUCACAUAUGCCAUUAGAAAGCAGGAAACAAAUGGAGACUCAGAUAGGUGCUUUGAUACUAGCCACAGACAUCAGUCGCCAAAAUGAGUAUCUGUCGUUGUUUAGGUCUCAUUUGGAUAGAGGUGACUUAUGCCUAGAAGAUGCCAGACAUAGGCAUUUGGUUUUACAGAUGGCUUUGAAGUGUGCUGAUAUUUGUAACCCAUGUCGGACCUGGGAAUUAAGCAAGCAGUGGAGUGAAAAAGUAACAGAGGAAUUCUUCCAUCAAGGAGAUAUAGAAAAGAAGUAUCAAUUGGGUGUGAGUCCAUUUUGUGAUCGUCAGACUGAAUCUAUUGCCAACAUCCAGAUUGGUUUUAUGACUUACCUAGUGGAGCCUUUAUUCACGGAAUGGGCCAGGUUCUCCGACACCAGGCUGUCCCAGACAAUGCUCGGGCACGUGGGGCUGAAUAAAGCCAGCUGGAAGGGUCUGCAGCGGGAGCAGUCUGCCAGCGAGGACACCGAAGCUGCGUUUGAGGAGUUGAACUCACAGUUAUUACCUCAGGAAAACCGGUUAUUGUGACCCCAGAAUCCGUGCAACAGGCUGCCUCCUGGAGGCUUUGGAAAUGUGAAGUGGGGACUGGAGUGAGGGGACUGACUUGACUGCCCAGGUUUCCACGUGGAGGGUGCCAGCAUUACAUGUCCAGGAUUUCCUCUGUUGGAUCAUUUGAACCCACUUUUUAAUCAGUAAGACCUGAACAUACAGUAAUAUGGAUUUGGCUCUCACGGGAAACCUUGAAUCUGCAAAGCCCUGAGGAGUGACUGGAAGGAGAGGCCAAGGAAGUUUUGCGGAGCGCCACGUUUCUCAAAGCGUUUCUUCUUCGAACCAUGAAACUUGAACUGAACUUUUCAGCAGAAAUCUCUUGGAGUUUAAACAGCCUGAUGCAACCUGGUGUAUCUGUCCCUUCCACUAAGCUCUCUGAGAAAUGGAAAUGUGAAGUGCCCAGCCUCUGCUGACUCGAUGUUUACAAAUCAACUCUGAAAUACUGGUUCUAAAUUUGCCUUGGAGCAUAAUUGUGAAGGAACCACUAAGAAUUUU